AAUGAAAUGGUAGAAACAUAUUCACAUAUGACCAAAUAAAAUAAAUAGAAUGUAUUUUUUCUUUAUACUGAACACACAUUAUGUAAUUUUUUUAUCGGGAAAUGUUGAAUAAAUACUGAUAGAGUAUAUAGACUCGGACCCCCGGGUCUCACGACUGUUGGGCCCGGACAGCGGCCCACAUACGCUCAGUAGAUAGCAUUUAUCUCAUUGUACACUCUAUUUUAUUCAUGUAUAUCCAUUAGAAUAGAUUAGAUACCAUUUAUUAGCCAUUUAUUGGUCUUUUAUUGUAGUUGGGCCUUCCAGGCCCAAACCUGGAAGCCCAACCCUCUUUUCUCCUAUAAAUACUCCCUAUGGGAGCCAUGUAAAAGGAUGAUUGAAUGGUUGAUUGGAAAUUCAUUUUAUACAUAUCACUUUAUCUCUCUAGCUCUCUCUUCUCUCUAGAAUUAAUUAUUCUAUCAUUUGGUGCUUUCAUUGAGAGCUAGAACACAUCAAGUGAGAUCCUCCCAACCAACAAGUGAAUAAUCCACGAGGUAUCACUUCGUCCUUACUCCUUAUUGGAGGAAACAUGCUACCUUUUCUUGUAUCUCAUGUGUACUCCUCGACCUAAAGGAAAGCCCUGCCACCGAACAAAGAGAGCUAGCAAGAAGUGGGUGGGACCCUCAGCCAAUGGCAUAGUACCACACUACCACUUCGGCCCUUGUUGCUGUGCAACGUGCCCCAUCGGCUGAGGAGAAAAAUGACACAAUGGCUUAAAUCAUAAAAGCAAAUGGCUAAGAGGAGCAUGGCAGGCCACGGUCAAUCCCAUUACUACUAGUAUUUGAUAACAACUAAGGUAUCUCCUGGAUCAAACCGAUACAGCAUCCCUCGUCCAAGCAAGGAAUCCUAGCUGUGUGACGCCUCAACAUCCCCUAGUCAGCGACCGUCAUCCCUUCAACCUGGAAGCGAUAGUGAUACACUGAUACCCCCUUCGGCCAAGUGGUGCUCCACCCUCGGCCGGAUUGCCGCAGCGGACUCCACCGAACCGGCUCUCACCUCCAAGUUGGCAGAAAUAGCCAAAGUUCUGCACCACUUCGGCCAAAGAAAGCCCCGGCCUCAUUCCUCAACUCUGAGGAGCCAGCACUGUACCAACAGCUGGCAGCGCAUCAUCAGCCAAUAGCACCUUCGGCCGGCAUUCCCAUCGGCCGGCACCCCACACAACGGAUGGGACCACAUCGGCCACCCGCAUCGGCCGCAAUGCAUCAGCCGGCUCCUCAUCGAUCGGCUCUUCAUCGGCCAACAUUCAUCGGCUGUCAUCCAUCGGCCGGCACCACUUCGGCCGGCAACACAUCGACGCACCGCAACGGCAGGCAAUGCUUCGGCCACGCACCGCACCGGUCAAAAAGAGGGACACGGCAUCGUCCAAAACAGGGCCGCCUUGUCAAGCCACCUCAUCGGCCGGACCGCAUCGGCCAAAACAGGCCACCUCGUCAAGCAACCGUAUCGUCUGGACCGCAUCGGCCAAAACAGGGACUCCGCUCCAGACAGGCUCACUUCGGCAAAGCAUCCACCUUCGGCCAGAGUGAAGGUAACCCCCUCGUCCAUAGCUCCACAUUACGUACGACGUGGUACCGCCUCGGCCCUGGCUGCGGCAGCAUGCUCCCUCGGCCUAGAAGCAAAACAAAGGCCAACAACACUCUACUCAUAUAACCUCCUGCUACACCUUCGGUCAAGGUUAUGCGAAUCAAAGGAAAAUGACAAAAGCUGAGGGAGCGUGGCAGGCUACGGAUCAAUUCCAACAUCCAGCAGCUCCCAUCGGCUCCAAUUCACAGACUCUUCAACCAAAUCAGGAACUCUGGGUCACCUCUGCCAAACAGGACCUCCGUCCAAACCUGCAAAAUCAGUCACCAUCGGCCAUUGGAAUCGCCUCGGCCAGAACCCAUCGGCCAUUGGCCUCGCCUCGGUCAAAACCCGGCGGCCGGCGACACAUCGCCUCACCCAGCCUGCCUGACGAACUGAUGCGUCGCCUCAGGCAGUCUCUUCGUAAAAGCAGGUCGGUUUGGCGGAGAUCUCUGCCCCUUUCAUCGGCGAUCGCAGCAGGCGGCAAUCCCCAUGGCAUCUGGCGAAUAAGUCGCUUCGUCUUCUUCUCCGCGUUCCUCACAAACAAAGGACGCACCGUCUCCUUCUCUGUAUUCCUCGCAAGCGAGCUACGCUGGGCUAAAAACUCAAAAUCAAAUCAGCAACGGGCCAGCUAUUUAAUCUCAAAGGCUGGACUUCUCAAAGAGCAGGCCCAAUAUUAUAUUUCCCUGCUUGAAUUCUAAGCAGGGCAGGCUUCGGCCCAAAUACAAGUAAGUCUCACAAACUUUUCCUCCUAUUUUAUGCAUUAAAUAUGGAGCAAAAUAGCUUUACCACUAUUAAAAAAAAAAGUAUAGUUUUACUACUAUUCCGGAAAAAAUAGUUUUACUAACUAUUCAAAACAAAAAUAAUAAUAAUAAUUACUACCGUUAUUAUUAUUAUCACCGUUGCUAGCGGAUUAAAAUCCCCAAUUGGUGCGGGCCAAAGCCUUAACCUUCCGAACAUCUUUAUUUGAUGAUUCGGAUCAUAUUUGGGUCCAUUGACCUACCAUGGUCAUCUUUAUUUGAUGACCCGGGCAUCUAGAAUGAGAGCCAUCAACAGCCGCACACGACAUCAUGCCUAGAAGCGGUACACCUCAUUCCCCUACACGCUAAUUGCGUCAUCCAAAAGCCGUUGCACUAAACAACGCACCUAAAGCCGUCGCAAUAAACGACGCACCCAAAGCCGUUACAAUAAACAACGCACUCAAAGCCGUUGCAAUAAACAACGCACCUAAAGCCGUCGCAAUAAACGACGCACCCAAAGCCGUUGCAAUACACAACGCACCUAAGGCCGUUGCGAUCCACAACGCGCCUACAAAGCCGUUGCAAUAAACAACGCACCUAAAUAUCGUAUCGGCACAAGCGGUGAAACACCCAAAUCGGCCGGCGAUAUGCAGGACGAAGGACCUGUGUGUAUGGUCCGACGUCUUCAAACGGAGAAGCAUACCGCGUCGUCCGCGCGGAAACCGCAGGACGACAGGCCUGAAUUAAGGCUGAGGUUACAAAAACUCCACCCGUCAGUAAAAUUUCGCUCAGGACCACAAAGGGCGGCCGUCAAAAGACGAAGCCUAGUCCGGUCCCUCGUCGCCGAUAGACGUGGAAAGGCAAAAAAGGAUGCCACUGACAUACCAAGCCGAGGGCGUAUUUACUCCCUCGCACUAAUCCACGCGAAAAGCGUAGCGGACAAAAUACCGCACAUGGACGAAGGGACAGUAACCCUUCGGCCAUCCAAAAAAAAAAAAAAAAAAAAAAAGAGGGAAGCCGACGGACCGCGCACUUGCCGGCCUCGAGCAAUAAAAAUAAAUAAAUUCCCCAAACUUAUUAUUCAUCUCAAGACCGGCUCCUAAUGCCGAAGCUCUUGCUCCAUCAUCUCAUGAACGGCCUCCCCAACGCCGUCAUACUUUUAUAUGACGAUCGGCUUCAUCAUCGCCUCGUCAUCAUUAUCCGGAUCGGCUCAUCAUCAUCGCCAUCCGUUCUUCACGAUCGGCCCCUCGGCCACGACGUGAUGCUUUAUCUCAAGACCGGCCUCCUUAGCGCCAAGUGUCUUGAGCUAGCGACCGGGCUCGCCAUUCCCCUCCUGGAUGGCGACCGUCGCUUCCUAUGACGAUCGGCUCAUCAUCGCCUCGUCAUCAUUAUUCGGAUUGGCUCAUCAUCAUCGCCAUCCGCACAUCACGACCGGCCUCCCAGCCUUGGCGUGAUUAUUUCUUCUCAGAGACCGGCAUCUCAUCGCCGAGUGUCCUGAGCUAGCGACAGGGCUCAUCAUCCCUUCCUGGAUGGUGACCGUCGCCUUUAUAUGACGAUCGGCUCAUCUCCGCCUCGUCAUCAUUAUUCGGAUUGGCUCAUCAUCAUCGCCAUCCGCACAUCACGACCGGCCUCCCAGCCUUGGCGUGAUUAUUUCUUCUCAGAGACCGGCUUCUCAUCGCCAAGUGUCCUGAGCUAGCGACAGGGCUCAUCAUCCCUUCCUGGAUGGUGACCGUCGCCUUUAUAUGACGAUCGGCUCAUCUCCGCCUCGUCAUCAUUAUUCGGAUUGGCUCAUCAUCAUCGCCAUCCGCACAUCACGACCGGCCUCCCAGCCUUGGCGUGAUUAUUUCUUCUCAGAGACCGGCUUCUCAUCGCCAAGUGUCCUGAGCUAGCAACCGAGCUAGCUAUUCGCUUCCGGGAUAGUAACCGUCGCCUCUAUAUGACGAUCGGCUUCAUCAUCGCCUCGUCAUCAUUAUCUGGAUCGGCUCAUCAUCAUCGCCAUCCGCUCAACACCACCGCCCCCGGCCUCGGCGUGAUGCUUUAUCUCAAGACCGGCCUCCCCAGUGCCAAGUGUCUUGAGCUAGCGACCGAGCUAGCUAUUCCCUUCCGGGAUAGCAACUGUCGCCUCUAUAUGACGAUCGGCUUCAUCAUCGCCUCGUCAUCAUUAUCCGGAUCGGCUCAUCAUCAUUGCCAUCCGCUCAUCACCACCGCCCCCCCCCCCCCCCCCCCGGCCUCGGGGUGAUGCUUUAUCUCAAGACCGGCCUCCCCAGUGCCAAGUGUCUUGAGCUAGCGACCGAGCUGGCUAUUCCCUUCCGGGAUAGCAACCGUCGCCUCUAUAUGACGAUCGGCUUCAUCAUUGCCUCGUCAUCAUUAUCCGGAUCGGCUCAUCAUCAUCGCCAUCCGCUCAUCACCACCGGGCCCCCCGGCCUCGGCGUGAUGCUUUAUCUCAAGACCGGCCUCCCCAGCGCCAAGUGUCUUGAGCUAGCGACCGGGCUCGCCAUUCCCCUCAUGGAUGGCGACUGUCGCUUCUACAUGACGAUCGGCUUCAUCAUCGCCUCGUCAUCAUUAUCCGGAUCGGCUCCUCAUCGCCAUCCGCACAUCACGACCGGCCUCCCAGCCUUGGCGUGAUUAUUUCUCCUCAAGACCGGCUUCUCAUUGCCAAGUGUCUUGAGUUGGCAAUCGGGCUCGCCGUCCCUUCCUGGAUGGUGACCGUUGCCUCUAUAUGACGAUCGGCUUCAUCAUCGCCUCGUCAUCAUUAUCCGGAUCGGCUCCUCAUCGCCAUCCGCACAUCACGACCGGCCUCCCAGCCUUGGCGUGAUUAUUUCUCCUCAAGACCGGCUUCUCAUUGCCAAGUGUCUUGAGUUGGCAAUCGGGCUCGCCGUCCCUUCCUGGAUGGCGACCGUUGCCUCUAUGACGAUCGGCCUUCACAUCGCCUCGUCAUCAUAUGUUGGACCGGCUCAUUAUCGCCGUCGUCCUUACAUCGCGUCCGGCCUCUCGGCUAAGGCGUGAUACCUUAUCUCAAGACCGGUCUUAGUCAUCCCUUCCCGGAUGGCGACCGUUGCUUGGAUCUUCGGAUCGGCUCAUCAUCAUCGCCAUCCGCACAUCACGAUCGGCCCCCCGGCCUCGACGUGAUGAUCUAACUCAAGACCGGCUCCCUUAGCGCCAAGUGUCUUGAGCUAGCGACUGGGCUUGCUAUUCCCUUCCGGGAUAGCAAUCGUCGCCUCUACAUGACGAUCGGCUCAUCUCCGCCUCGUCAUUAUCAUUAUUCGGAUCGGCUCAUCAUCAUCGCCAUCCGCACAUCACGACCGGCCUCCCAGCCUUGGUGUGAUUAUUCCUUCUCAAGACCGGCUUCUCAUCGCCAAGCGUCUUGAGUUGGCAAUCGGGCUCGCCGUCCCUUCCUGGAUGGUGACCGUUGCCUCUACAUGAAGAUCGGCCUUAUCAUUGCCUCGUCAUCAUAUCUCGGACAUGCUCCUCAGCAUCUUCGUCCUCACAUCACGAUCGGGCCCUUCGGCCACGACGUAAUGCUUUAUCUCAAGACCGGCUCCCUCAGCGCCGAGUGUCUUGAUCUAGCGAUUGGGCUUGCUAUUCCCUUCCGGGAUAGCAACCGUCGCCUCUACAUGGCGAUUGGCCUAUCAUUGCCUCGUCAUCAUACAUUGGACCGGCUUAUCAUAGUCGUCAUCCUCGCAUCGCGGCCGGCCUCUCGGCCAAGGCGCGGUACCUUAUAUCAAGACUGGUCUUAGCCAUUCCUUUACUGGGUGGCGACCAUUGCAUGGAUUUUUGGGUCGGCCCCUCAGUUCCGAUCAUGGCAGGCCCUCGGCCUCGACGUGAUCAUAUUCCCCAAGACCGGUCUCAGUCAUUCCUUCAUCGGAUGGCGACCGUUGCUUGGACGUUUGGCUCAGCCUCAUAGUGCUGACGACCUCGCAUCACGAUCGACCCCCCGGCCUCGACGUGAUGCCCUAUCUCAACACCGGCUUUAUCAGCGCCAAGUGUGUUGAGCUAGCGAUCGGGCUCCCCAUCCCUUCCUGGAUGGUGACCGUCGCCUCUACAUGACGACCGGCUCAUCUCUGCCUCGUCAUCAUUAUUCGGAUCGGCUACCCAUUAUCGCCAUCCUUAUAUCACGACCGCCGCCCCGGCCUCGGCGUGAUGAUCUAUCUCAACACCGGCUUCAUCAGCGCCGAGUGUGUUGAGCUUGCGAUCAGGCUCGCCAUCCCUUCCUGGAUGGUGACUAUCGCCCCUACAUGGCGACCGGCUUAUCAUCGCCUCGUCAUUGUUAUUUUGGAUCGGCUCCUGAUCACGGCCGUCCUCACAUCACGAUCGGCCCCUAGGCCACGAUGUGAUGUCCUAUUUCCGAAGACCGGCCUCUCAUUGCCAAAUGUCUUCGGUUAGCGAUCGGGCUCGCCAUCCCCUCCUGGAUGGCGACCGUCGCCUCUAUAUGAUGAUCGGCUCAGCAUUGCCUCAUCAUCGUAUCAUCAGACAGGCGUCCCACACCCCGUCCUCAUAUUCAUACAGGCGUCCAGCGCCUCGUCCUCAUAUUCAGACAGGCGUCCAACGCCUCGUCCGCAUAUAUUCAGACAGGCGUCCAACGCCUCGUCCUCACAUUCAGACAGGCGUCCAACGCCUCGUCCUCAUAUUCAGACAGGCGCCCAGCGCCUCAUCCUCAUAUUCAGACAGGCGUCCAAUGCCUCAUCCUCAUGUUCGGAUCUAGCAAACAUCUUGCGGUCUCCGGCUCAGAGACUAAAGGAUCUCAGAUCUCAUCUAUAGGCCCCUCGGCCACAUCUUGCUCUAGCAUCUUUAUUUGAUGACGAAGGGCUCUCAUACAGGCCCAUCGGCCAUAUAUCUUGCUCCGUCAUCUUUAUUUGAUGGCGAAGAGCUCAUCUACAGGCCCAUCGGCCAUAUACCGCUCUGUCAUCUUUAUUUGAUGACGAAGAGCUCAUCUACAGGCCCAUCGGCCAUAUAUUAUUCUGUCAUCUUUGUUUGAUGACGAAUAGCUCAUCUACAGGCCCAUCGGCCACAUAUCGUUCUGUCAUCUUUAUUUGAUGACGAGGAACACAUCUAUAGGCCUCUGAGCCAUAUCUCGCCCCGUCGUCUUUAUUUGAAGACGUGGAGCUCUUAUGCAGGCCCCUCGGCCAUACAUCGCCCCGUCGUCUUUAUUUGACGAUGUGGAGCUCUUAUCCAGGCCCCUCGGCCACACAUCGCCCCUUCGUCUUUAUUUGACGACGUGGAGCUCUCAUAUAUGCCUCUCGGCCACUACUCCCAAUCAUCUUUAUUUGAUGACGUGGAGCUCACAUCGGCCCAUCGGCCUCAUAUUCUGGUCAUCUUUAUUUGAUGAACUAGACAUCAUAUUAUGGACGGUCGCUCGACCCAUCCCUUAGUCAUCUUUAUUUGAUGACUAGGACUACUGAUCAUGACGAGCUACCCACAUCUAUGGAUCGGCCUCGGCCAUCCCCUCGGCAGACGGACACCGCUGCAGCUCCACCUCUAGGCCGAAGGGCUCGCACCUUUUGCUUCGUUCUGGGGGCAUCCGAUGUACUCUUUUUCCCUCAUUAGGAUUUUUUCCCACAGGGUUUUUCCUAAUGAGGUUUUUAACGAGGCAUCGCCCCAUUGUGGAUCAAAAGGUGUCAACCCUCGGCCCCCUGUUGCAGACAUCAUCAGACAUGCAUUACUCUACUCCUCUUCACCUCGUUACACUCGCCUCAAGGAGUGGGGGACUGGGAGAGCGGGGGACUUAGCGCCUUCACUACCAAAGAAGCAGAAAUUCAAAAUUUUUGCAAGGAUUGCCACUCGCACCGACGACAUCAUCAUAUCACAUACAUAUUCAGCUGCCACAUCGGCCAGUACAUAUACAUAGCUCCCCGGCCUCAGGACCGGUGGUGAUGGUCUCUGGCCUGCGACCUUCGGCUGAGGAUUUUCCCACAGGGUUGCCUCAGCCAGGGCUCACCAGUGGGAUCGGAUCAUCAGCUUGGGAAUCCGGGCGAGGCGCUUCGACGACGACAGCAGUUUACUCACCGGACGACGACAGAUCAGCACACAGUUCUACUCUCUUUCGCCUCGAGUACUCUCGACUCAGAGAGUGGGGGACUCCUGAUAGAGUAUAUAGACUCGGACCCCCGGGUCUCACGACUGUUGGGCCCGGACAGCGGCCCACAUACGCUCAGUAGAUAGCAUUUAUCUCAUUGUACACUCUAUUUUAUUCAUGUAUAUCCAUUAGAAUAGAUUAGAUACCAUUUAUUAGCCAUUUAUUGGCCUUUUAUUGUAGUUGGGCCUUCCAGGCCCAAACCUGGAAGCCCAACCCUCUUUUCUCCUAUAAAUACUCCCUAUGGGAGCCAUGUAAAAGGAUGAUUGAAUGGUUGAUUGGAAAUUCAUUUUAUACAUAU